AUGCCAAAGCAGAGGGACGCGGACUUCAGGGACGCCUACGGCGGGGCCGUCGAGCACGAGCAACACUUUCCGUACUCGAUGGAGGCACUGCGGCUUCUGUGGCAGGGGAAGCGCCGGAUGGCCAUCUGGCCCGUCAGCCACUGUAAUACGUUCGGAAAGCGCGAGCUGUUCGUUCGAGAGCUCAGAAAGCACAUGGACGUCGACAUAAUGGGCAACUGCGGCAAUAAACAAGGCUGCCGGGACAAUUGCUGGAAGAACUUCAGCAGCGAGUACUUCUUCUACCUAUCGUUCGAGAACUCCCCGUGCCCAACUCACCUUCUGGAUCAAGUCCAGCGGGCGGCGGAGGCCAGUGGAGCCCUGGACCUGGAGGAGCCCACCCAUAAGUCUCUAUGA